UCGGAAGCUGGAAUCGGAUGAAAUUCACCAACUUUGUAUGGUACCAUAAGUUUUGACCUUUUAUGAGAAAAUGACUGAGCUUUGAAAAAUGAUUCGACACCGGAACCGGAGUUCGAAAAUCGGUGUAGCCGAAGUCAGAUAAAUUCACCUGAGUAGCUGUAUAGUUUACAUUUGUUUCAAAAUGUUUGAAAAUCAGUGUAGACAUCUUUGAGAAAUCGUAGUGCGAAUUAAAUUUUUGGGUAAAUCCCGGAUCGAAAAUUGAAUACCUCUGAUACUGAAAUAAGCUCAUUUUGUUAUCCAAAUGUGCAAACUCGACAAACCUGCUUAAUUUAUGUGAUAUGUAGAUUUUAUACUAAUCACCCUGUAUCCCCGAAAUCGGAAGUUGGAUCUGACUGAAAAGCAAGAUGUUUUAUAUGAUCUUAAAACCUUUAAUUUGAAUCUUAGAUGGUUCUUAGAUUUCAUUUGAAUCUUAGAUCGGUUCAGCCAUCUACGAUAAAAAUGAGUUACAUUAUUUUAACUUUGUUUCACAUAUAAUCUUGUAGUUCUGGAACCAGAGGUCGGAACCAAACAUAAUUCAGGAACUUUGUUUGGGAGCAUACGACUUUUCAUAUGAAUCUGAGUUUGUAGAAAACGGUUGAGUCAUCUCCGAGAAAAUUGAGUGAAAUUAUUUGUCACACACGCAUUUGCUGAUCUCGAUGAACUGAUUCGAAUUGUAUAUGGGUUAUGUUCUUCCAACAUUUAUUGCUGUAAGUAGUUUAAAUUAAUAUAAUUAAGGACAUUGUUUUCAACUCGAAAAUGCCGCCAUCUUUGUCACCAUUUGGUUUACAUAUGUCAUAUUCGGACGAUUAUGUUGCCAAAAAAGAACCGUGCUGAAAUCGAUCCGAGGCAAGAUGUCAUGAAAAAGAAUGCACAGUUUUUUAUCUUUAGAAAGAAUUACAUGCAACAGUAUAAAAAAUCGUGUUUUAUGUUGCUCACAAUUAUCGCUUUGUCAUACAACGCUCAACACUCCUACUACUGGAAUAGGGGGAAAAGUCGCUUACACAAAAAUAUCGAUAUCUCCGUUAAAAAUGAACGGAUUUUAGCACUCUAUGGCUUGUUGGAUAGUUAUUACCGUGCGUAAUCUAAGUCUUAAAUCAUAUUCUGUUUUCAAGGUCAAUUGUGACAGAUAUUGUCAAUAAACUGAAAAUUUUGACAUAAAACUUCAUAUAACUCAAAAAGUAGACAUUCGAUAUCAAAAUCAUCCAACGACGUUCAGGGUGACGAAGAGACCUUCCGUUUACCACUAGUUUGAUUAAAAUCGGUCCAUUCCCUCCGGGCCUCGGAUUUUUUUUCUAAAGUUUGAGCGAACUCAAUACCUAUUUUUUAUAUUCAUAAAAAAGGUAAAAAGAAAUUCGGACACUUUUUAGAAAUUAAAAAAACAUCAUUAAAACUGGGUUUUGAUGUGAAACACAUCUUUAUUUUCUAUGUAGGGGUGCAAAUCAGAAACUCAAAGAAAAAUACAAGUAGAAAUGUGGUCAGGUUUUAAACAAUUACAGUUCAGAAUAUUUUGUAUCAAUUAUUAAUAUUAUUUCAUUAUUUGAUUGAAAAUAUUUCUAAGAUUCGAUUUGAAUGUAUCAAGCCACGUAUUUUCAAUUAUAAAUAAUUCGAUUUUUGAUUAGUAGCGAGCAGUGUCCUAUUUUGUCUGCUGAAAAUCUCCCGCAUACCGUAUUUUCCUGCCAUAGACGACGGUUUUGAAGGAGUAAGCGAUACAUCAAAGAGAAAGCAUCGCUAUGAUUGGUCAACCGAUGCAAAAGCGAAGCUGUUGGAAGCACGCGAAUCUAUAAAUAGAAGCAAAAUUAUAGCUAACGUUUCAGUCCUACGGGUAGCAAGCUAGAGGUAAGUUGUUGUUAGACAGCAAGACAAAAAGUGCCAUAAAACGAUUUGCAGCUUUAAUUGGUAUGCUCUGAUACAAAUUAAAUGAAAUACAAAUUACGACAAAUAGAGUCUAUAUUCUGGGUUCGUGUGUUCGGUGUUGGUUCCUAAUAAAGAUCAAUCAUUUGUAGAUUGUAUUUGUGGAUUCAAAAGUGUGACAAUUAAUUGAAAAUGUCGAUGAUUAGAAAUUUUGGUUGCCUUGUUCCACAUCAAUGGCUCGAACAACCCCAUGGGGCUAAUCCUUGUAGUUUUUACCCAAAUCAUCUCUACCGCGUCAUCCCCAAGCGCGUUUACAUAGUCAAUCCAUAAAUUGAAAUAUUAGCAAGUUUUCUAAGAUAUUCAAGUUGCCCGAUCUAACGACGUGUCCAGUCUAGCCCCUGUCUCCCCUAAUAAUUUCGUGAGUUUUGGGAGAAUUUUGAACCCUGAAAACAUUUACUAGACAUAAUAGACAAUUAGAUUAAAAUGAAAGGUUCGUCAUCAAUAUCCAGUUAAAAAAAAUUCUAGAUCUCAAACAACUUGUUGGUUGUAAGUGCAUACGUUUAAUUAUUACAAUAAACAACUUUGAAUCUGUUAGAUAAAAUACAUAACAUACAACGCGGGGAAACACGUAGAAAGUUUCCAUGCAAAAAUCAACUCAUUUACUCUGAAAGUACCUGCUAAGAUUUUAUAUGGUUAUCCCGUUCAACAUUUUUUGCUCGGUUCUUGCACUAAAAAUUACUUAAAACGUUUUCUGCUCUGAAAUGUUCAAGUCCGGUUUUGAUACACCAAAUAUUAGUAACGGUCGAAGACACCAAAAACCUAUUUCUAUAAAUUAUUAAGUUAGACUUUCUUGUGUCUUCACAGUAAGUUUUGGAACAUGGGCUUGUUACUUAAAAAGAAUCUUCAUACUAAGUUUAGUAACUAUCGUGUAGACAUCAAACAACUCAGAUCAACCGUUAUAGCACAAUGCAAGAAAACAAAAUCAUAUUACGACCACUAAAAGCAAUGGUGCUAGAUAUACUAAGGACCUUGGCAAUGGUUCGGACCUCGUGUCGGGUUUCCUUUAAUAUCUUUUUCUACAAAUGUUGGAUUGUUUUGCGAUUUUCCAAUGUUUUCUUCCUCAUUUAAUUUCCUACGAAAAUAACACAUGCACGAAUUUUUAGAGGUUAUAGGUUAAUCUUCAGCCGUCAAUUUUCCCCAAACUAAAUCCCAUAUAAACUUUAAACCACGGGCGCGAAAAUAUAGUUUAUCGAUCGAGAUAAAACGUUGCAUAGAUCCUAUGGGACCCAAAAUGAACACGAAAAGUUUGGUGAAGCGAGAAAACAUAUUUCGUUUUAUUUCUAAAUGGUAGCGAUGUGAAAUACAGAAGCAAUGUUCUUGUGUAUUCUUCUAAUAUUAUGAACGUACAAGACUCAACUCAAAUAAUGUAUGCAAAAUAAUCACUCCUUCCUACAUUAUCGGUGUCAUAUAACAUUCUGAAAGCAUGUUGUAUCGCUCCAUCUACAAUUAUAACGUAUCAUGCAAUACCUUCUAAUUGAGGAACCCAACGAAUUGAGCCUUUGUUGAAAUGAUAUUAUCUGCACAGAAUCUAAAUGACCAACACGCAAGGCACAAUACGUUGUUUGGGAUGUCGAACAUAACUCCAUGUUUGAGUAACAUAAUGCAGUUUCGGCCUAGCAUUUAGAAAAUGCCGUGCAUGAAAAUGUGCUGUUUUCGUUUCUCUACCAGAUUGGGAAGCAUACUAAUUGGAAUUCUUACAAUCAUUCAGGUUUUGCUGUCUCUAACAGCAUUGUUUGUUGCUGGUGGAACAGACAUGCUGCAGAAUGUGGCUUCACGUAUAAAAUCACCCGAUGACGAAACGGACAAAAAAGAUGGUUUAAUGUGGCUUAUGGGAUGGUUGAAGAUAAGAACGAAUGAAAUACACUUAACUUUAAUAACAUUCCUAGGAGCACAUGCGCUAUGCUGCGUUAUAAUGAUUGUAGGUGCUUUCGUGAUGUACAGAUAUUUGUUGUUUCCUUUCAUGGUUCUAGAUUUUAUUAAAGUUUGUAUUCUAACUAUGAUUCAUGUAGUUGCUAUGAUGAUAAUUAAAGAAGGUGUUAAUUUAGGUGAUCUAAUAGCGCUGACGAUCGCUGGAGGAUUCGCUCUGCUUCUGCUUUUCUACUUAUGGGCUUGUGUCGUGUCGCUAUUUCAAAUAUUGGGAAUUGUCAAAACAGAAAAAUAUCGAGCUCUCUUUGGUGACGAUCCAACAGCUCCAGUCGAAGUUGCCGUCACGAGGAUUCCCGAUUCUGUUCACAAUUUCAAAGUGUCCCUAGUUCAUCCGGUGUCAAGUGAAGCAGUGAAUAAUAUUACAUAUAACACUAGCUUCGGUGGCGGUUUAAAUAAAGACAGCCAUUAUAAUUACAUACCAUAAGACAACCUAAUAAUACAGAGAUCGAAAUGAUUUGAAAAAUUUAUCGAUAAUGGUAUUGUAGAUAAUCGAUCGUAGAAAUGGUAUUGAUAUUGUUGGUAUUAAAAGUUAACCAGUAUUAUGAAUAUAAAGAAACUCUAUCAUAUUCCAAAAACUAGCUACGUUGCGACUCGUUCUACAUGGGUAUGAUGCACAAUUGAAUGUAAUAUUUAAUUAAUCUUAUUCUUAGGUGAGCACCAAAUAAAUAGGAAAUACACAUUUUUAAUAAGCUAAUCUCUGGUCGAUUGUAAUAUUACAAUUUACUGAAUGGUAGUCGCAGUUCUAUUUGGGUAUUCGUUUUACUACGCACAUACAAAUCAUAAGAUAUUAUAAAACGUCUUUCCGUUUGGAGUUUACGAGACGUCAUCCGGAUCCGACUUCCGGUUCCGGAGUAGUAGGGUAAAGUGUGUUCAAUUUUGUGCACCGUCUCUUAAACCGGCGAAACAAAACACUUAAAAAAAAUUUUAAACUGGUUUCAAAACUACACAAAUCGAUAGUCAUUAUCAGUAGGCAAGUAAACAAACCGAUUCCGGCUAUCCUGGCUCCCGGUAUCCGGUUCCGGAAGUACCGGAAAUAGCGGUCCUAUAUUUCAAAAUGGAUCUCACUCACUUUUCUCAGGGAUGGUUUGACCGAUUUCCAUAAACUUAGAUUCAAAUGAAAGGUCUCACGGUCCCAUACGGAAUUCCUGAAUUUCAUCCGGAUCCAACUUCCGGUUCAGAGGUUAUAGGGUAAAGUGUGUUGAAUAUUGUACACCGUCACUUAAACUGGCGGAACAAAACUGUAAAAAAUGUUGUAAACUGGGCUCAAAACCCUUAUUCCCACUCUUGGACUGAAAUGAAAGUUCUUAUGGUCAUACCAAAAACUACUGCAUAUU